UGUCAAUCUCUAUGUCCACAUACCCACUUGAGAAAGCUAUCUUCGGAGCCCUAUAUAAUAGUCAUUUCGGUUCAUUUUCAUUGAUCCGGAGCCAAGAACCAUCACCACACAUCUUACAUCUUCCAUCCCAGUCGCACAACACGUUUCUAUCCGCAGAGUCAUCCCGCCUUGAAAAACGGGACUACUUGAGCCGACAACAUGGACCUUCUUCACGAGCUUGAGUCCAUGGUAGUUACACAGCAGGACAACAUCGAACCAGACUACGACGACAUCAAGAGUUGGCAGUCCCUCUUCGGCUACACAUACUCCGAUGCCGCACAAAAGAUCCAGGAUCACAGGUCCAACUUCGCACGAGCGCAGGUAUCCGAUCUUCAUUGGGAGAUGGUUCGCGCAGAGAAGGAGGAUCAAGGCUACGACAAGGAGUCGUACGAAUAUUCCUGCAGCCUCCCCAGGGCUCAGACGUCACAUGGCGCCGAAAAGAGCACGAAGACCAAGAAGAAGAAGCCCAGCAUCUACCUCCUUAAGCUAGAAGGUCCUUUCUCCACCUCCGAGGAUGUCAAGAUAGCAUGCGGCACUUCUUCCAUGCUGCUCUCGAGAUUCACCGGCACCGACGACAACGGAGCCCCUGCCUCUUUCUGCAAGGUUGACGGAGCAACCAGGAAGAUGAUCCUCGAUCACCUUUCCGAUGUUGUCUCAACCUUCCAGCCCACAUUCAUCCGCUACUCAAAGGCGGAAAAGGCACUCUCCACCACCUCCAUGCAUCCAACCCUUGGAUCCGAGGCUACCUUGCCCAAUCACCGACCAAGCUUCGAGUCCGACCUCGAGUCUGAUCAACGCCUCCUCCCAACCCAGGACCAGUACCCAGUCUGGUACUUCUUCUACGGCACCCUUGCGGACCCUUCCGUCCUGAAGAACCUGAUUGGGAUUGGAGAGCCCGUCUAUAGUGCUGCAAAGGUUCGUGGUGGCCGUCUUGGUACCUGGGGUGGCAAGUACAAGGCUCUGGUGGAUGCGCUGGCUUACGAGACAGGUUGUGUAGAGGGACACGCCUUCCUCAUUACGAACAAAGAUCAAGAGGAUGCACUACAAUGCUACGAAACUGACAACUACGAGGUUGUCCGGUGCAUGAUAGAAUUAGAAGGACAGAAGGAGGAGAAGGUCAGGGGACUUACGUUCCGAUUCAUCGGGGAUACGGAUCCUUGAUAUGAGUGGGAGAGUUCAAGGACCCGAGCCCGCGGAUAGAGAAGAUAACGAAGAGCAUGUCACUAUUGUUAUAUUGACGGUAGAAGACUGGUCGACCAAUAUCAGACCAUCUCCACGACAUGAGGAAAUCGACUCCUUUAGGUCAAGGAGAAAGAAGAAUGCGCCUGGAGCGUAUACUGGUGAACCGACAAUGCGUCAAACAUCACCGUGCAUGCCGAAGAGAAUAUGGUGCGCUAGAUAGGAAUUGAGGCCAUCUCUGCCACAGACUCCAAAC